UGCUUUCUUAGACCACGAUGUUCUUUCAGCUGCAAACUCCAGCGCUGGGAGAAAACUUUAAACCGGCUUUACAAAUAUGUCGGACGUUUAAAAGUAAAAACAUAAGAAAACACUGUGGUGUUUGUGUACAUUAGUUGGGGUAGUGAGUGUGAAGAGCGGUUUGUGUGGUGGAGGCCGUUAAGGAAGUAAGUGCACUGUGUAGCUGCUACUCGAGGCUCCUAUCGGAAUGGUUGUAACAUUUCUUGCAAAGCAAAGUAACAGCACAUUAUUGCAACUCGAGUGGAUACUCCAUGAUGGGUAUGUGUGCAAGAGGCAACCUAUGUUUUGGACUUGCUGCUAGGGAUAAGAAAGAAACAGAGGUGGGUGCAACUUUCAUGGCUCAGGAAAAGAAAAAGACAGCGGGAGUGCUUCCUCCAGACGGGGGCUGGGGCUGGAUGAUUGUGGCUGGCUGUUUCAUGGUGACUGUCUGCACUCGUGCCGUAACAAGAUGCAUCUCCAUCUUCUUUGUUGAGUUUCAAAUGCAUUUUGGACGGGACUACUCUGGAACAGCAUGGAUACAUUCAUUAGUAGACUGCACCACCAUGCUGUGUGCUCCUCUGGGCAGCCUAAUUGGGAAUCGGUUGUCAUGUCGUGUAGCGGUGAUGGUGGGAGGAUUUCUGGCUUCUUCUGGCUUGGUACUCAGCACUUUUGCCACCAGUCUUGAGUAUCUUUAUCUCACUCUGGGUGUUUUAACUGGUGUUGGCUUUGCUCUAUGUUACACACCGGCUAUUGCUAUGGUUGGUGUGUAUUUCUGUGAGAGGAAGGCUUUGGCUUACGGCAUCGCCAUGUCUGGCAGCGGCAUCGGCACAUUUGUGCUGGCCCCUGUGGUGCAGCUACUAAUUGAACACUAUUCCUGGCGUGGGGCUCUGCUCAUCCUGGGGGGUUUAGUGUCCAACCUUUGUGUUUGUGGAGCUCUUCUUCGACCCAUCACUCUUAAAGAAGAAGAUACCUGCCCCUUGCCUGUGGACAUGGAGCGUGGGUACAGCUCAAAACCCCUCACAGCGGAAGAAAAACAACUGAAUGGCACACACCAGACCGAGAGGAUGCAGUGCUGUUUGCAGUCCCCACAGGACUACCACUUCCUGCUUAUGCCAGACUUCCUAGUGCUGGCAGGCUCCUUCCUGUUCCUGGCCAGUGGCUGCAGCUUGCCAUUUGUUUACCUGGUGCCCUAUGCUUUGGACGUGGGCAUCAGUCACCACAAUGCAGCCUUUCUCAUGUCUAUAUUAGGCAUCAUUGACAUUGUUGGCAACAUCACCUUUGGCUGGCUCACAGACAGAAGGUGUCUGAAAAAAUACAGGAGCAUUUGUUACUUGGCUGCUGUGGGGAUGGAGGGUCUCUGCUGCUUUUUCAUUCCUCUUCUACGCACAUUUUGGUUGCUGGUGCCCUUCUCAGUGAUUUAUGGCUAUUUUGAUGGUGCCUAUGUGGCCCUCAUCCCUGUGGUGACAUCAGAUGUUGUGGGGACAGCAUACCUGUCCUCUGCACUUGGUGUGGUUUACUUUCUCCAUGCUAUUCCAUAUCUGCUUAGCCCCCCUAUUGGAGGUUGGUUAGUGGACACCACAGGUACCUACACAGCGACGUUUUUCCUGAGUGGCUUUGCACUCAUUUCUAGCGCUCUUCUGCUGUGUACCAGCACUGCCAUCCGCUACUGCCAAAGGACUCGAAGGAAAACACGAAACAAAGACACUGCAACAGAAUCAUGUGAAGCCAAAAAGGAAGACUUUUAUACCAAACAAAAAGGCACCUACUGAUCUUAAGCUUUAGGACUUUGUAAUUUCAGGAAUUUGACAUUUUUGUCAUGGUAUUUAUGUACAAAACAGAAGCUGUGAAAACUUGAGUAGUGGAUGAUAAAAAUUGUGUACAAUCAGCUGUACAAAAUCAUGGUAAUGUGCCUUUCCUACCUGCCUAUAUUUCUCUUUAAAUGUAUUUUAUUCUUAGUAUAGAAACGAGAAGCUUGAGGAACAAUUUGUGAGUUAGAGUUGAUGCAUAUUGCAUCUAAACCUUUUAUAUAACAUGUCCAGAUGUGUCAUAUGUGUGAGUUCCAUGUUUCAUUUAGUAGCAAUAUGUUGUUUUAUGUGUGAUGUAUUUUCAAAAAAAAGUAAAGCAUUUAUUUAUCUAGAGCUCUGUAGAGGAUUUUAGGGUUUCCCGUCAAGUAGGAAAUUAUGGGUUUUGUCACGUGUGAUCCUAAAAACUUUAAGGAUCUAUUCAGUACCAGAAGAGGGCAGUGCUGUCUUCUGAAAUUACCCUGCAAUGUUGGAAGGUCAUUUAAAAACGUCAUCAUGAUACAUAGGUCAGUGGUAGCUCAGCAGUUACCAGAAGGUUGGUGGUUCAAGCCCCACUGCAGCCAAGUUGCCACCGUUGGGCCCCUGAGCAAGGCCCUUUAUCCUUAAUUGCUCAAAUUGUUUUCAGUUAGAUUUGUAAGUCGUUUUGGAUAAAAGCUAAGUGCCAUAUAUGUAAAGAAGAUCAGGUGCACUGAAAAAUAGUUUUUAGUAACAUUUUGUAUAAACUAGUUUAAUGAAAGGAGAAAUUAACAUAAUGUACCGAUUAAAUUCUCUAAAUCUACAAGGACAUUAUAAUAUGAACACUUAAUAAAGUACACACUUUAAACUGUC